AUGGCUACCGGCAAGGCUUUUAGCGAAAUAAAUACUACCAUGAGCGAGGAAUUUGACCGUCUGCGCUGGUUUAUUUUCGAGGACACAUCCAAGGUACAAGUCGCAGACGAUUCAGAAAGCAUCGAGCCCGAACUAUCGCCCUUCUUAGGUCAUCCAAUUGCCUCGAAAUCGGCCACGGAGAUUCCCCUUCAUGAAAUUGCCUUCUGCUCCGAUGAUCUGCAGAACUUCGAAACAGCCGAUUUUGAGGCGCCGGAGCCUCUGCUUGUCAGAAGAGCCGAUGGCAGUGUCGUCACUAUAGGAGACGUUGUUGAACAACUUUCUCGUUAUUUUGUUACGCACAAAGACGAGAUACUCAAGGCCAAAAGUGCAUUUCUCCAGAGGACUCACGAAAUCGCGGAAGGCGGGGAGCAUGUCCUUGGAAUUCCAGCAUACAAAGACGUACUCGCGCCACCCGACACCAAAGUCGCCUUUGAAGGAUUCUUCGGUGGUAUCUCCACCGGCCAUUACGCUUUGCAUGUGCUGUUGUAG